AUGGCUGUCGGUGAUCCCGUAUCCACGUCGACAAGGCCGUCUAUUGAUAAGGCUGCCUCCUCGUCGUUGUCGGCCACUCCGUCAUCCGUUGCGACCAAUAUCAAGGUCAUUGCACGGUUUAGGCCCCAUAAUGCAGACGAGCUGGCAGCCGAUUCAUCCGCAACUUCAAUUGCUGAGUUUCUUUCACAAGACUCAGUCUUCAUCGAAUCAAAAGAUUUCUCAGGAUCUUUCACCUAUGAUCGCGUUUUUGAUAUGAACUCCUCUCAGCUGGACGUGUUUAAUUACUCUCUUAAGCAAACUGUUGACGACCUACUGAAUGGCUAUAAUGGCACCGUUUUUGCCUAUGGUCAAACUGGUUCAGGAAAGUCUUACACCAUGAUGGGACCCAACAACUCUAUUGAUGACUCUGAACUGCGUGGUGCUAUUCCUCGUAUUGUUGAUCGCAUUUUUGAUUUAAUUAUCGAGUCUUCCGAAGAUAUUGAGUACACUGUUAAGGUCUCUUACAUGGAAAUCUACAUGGAGCGCAUCAGAGAUCUUCUUAAUCCUACAUCUGACAAUCUCCCCAUCCAUGAAGAUAAAACUCGUGGUGUUUACGUUAAAGGUCUUGUAGAAGAGUACGUUUCAAGUGCUGAUGAGGUCUACGAAGUUAUGCGUCAGGGUUCGGCUGUUCGUGCCGUAGCUUCUACAAAUAUGAAUCAAGAAUCUUCGCGUUCCCACUCUAUUUUUGUCAUUACCGUUGCUCAAAAAAAUACUCUUACUGGCGCUCAAAAAACUGGUCAGCUUUCACUUGUUGAUCUUGCAGGAUCUGAAAAAGUCGGUAAAACUGGAGCUUCAGGCCAAACUCUUGAGGAAGCUAAAAAAAUUAACAAGUCUCUUUCGGCACUUGGAAUGGUCAUAAACUCGUUAACUGAUGGAAAAUCGACCCACAUUCCAUAUCGCGAUUCGAAACUUACCCGAAUUUUGCAAGAGUCACUCGGUGGUAACUCUAGAACUAGUUUGAUUGUCAAUUGCUCACCUUCCACUUAUAAUGACGCAGAAACCUUGUCUACACUGCGAUUUGGCGUACGCGCUAAAUCAAUCAAAAAUAAGGCCAAAAUCAAUACUGAAUUGUCACCACUCGAGCUUAGACAGUUACUUCGCAAGUGCCAAGCUCAACUUGAAGCUCAGUUUUUAUACACUUCAAAACUUGAAGAAGAGCUCACUAACUGGCGUGCUGGUGAUUCUCCCCCAAAGGAAUCCUGGAUCCCGUUUGAAAAACCUGCUCUUCAACCCCAAGUUACCAACUCUCGUGGCUCUAGUGCCCGCAGUUCUUUGGUCAGUGUGCGAUCUGUUCCUUCUUCCCGACCUUCUACACCAUCACAACGUGGUAACACCAAGCAAACACCUUCAGGACAAAAGCAAAGAUUAAGCGACCCCAAGUCUUUGAACAAGCGUGCAGACACUGAUAUUGUCGAGGAGUAUAUGCGCCGCGAAAAUGAGCUUCAAGAUCAGCUUAGUGAAAAGGAAUCCAUCAUUAGUGAACAAGAACAACUUUUGGUAUCUCUGCGCCAACAAAUCAAAGAUGAAGAAGAAAACGAAGAAGAAGAGCUUGCCACUACUGCUGCUAAUCUGGAACUUGCUAAACUUAAUGCUGACCUUAACCUACAGAUUGAUAACUUGAACUAUGAAAAAAAGGAACUUUCAAUCACUUCCGGGUCACUUUCUGAUGAAAACACGCGACUUACCGCAGAACUUCAGGAGGCUAAACAAAAAUUGAUUGAAUAUGAAUUAUCUCAAAAAUCUCAAAGCAAUUCUUUAAGAGUUGUGGAGAAUGUUGAAAACUUCCAAAACAUUGACGACAAUGGAAUAGCCUUAAAGUCUCCUCUUUCUUCUGGCGAUAAGGAAAAUAUAGGUCCUACUUCUCCUGGUAAUGAAAAACUGACCCCUGCUGAACUUCAUGAAAAGAAAAAGCAAAAGAAAAUGUCUGAGAUUCUUGGUCAGUUUUAUCAGGUACCUGGGUCUUCGUCAACAUCUCUUAACAUUUUAGAUGGUAGCGGGUCCAUUCCUGCCUCACCUUCUAUUCCGGAUAUUGGCUUGCUUCGCCCAGAUUCUAAAGAGUUUAAUAAGUAUUUGGACUCGUUGAUUGAAAAACAACAUUCAAAGUUUGAAGAGUAUGUCAAGAGUAUCAGUGGGGAUGGUGGUAAUAAAGUAGACCUGGAUCAAGUUUACGGGGCACGUAUUAAAGCCUCUGAGGAGACUACACGUGAGCUGCUUGCUGAAAUCAGCAAUCUCAAGUACGACCAGUCCAAAAAACCUGAAGAUGAGAAGAUUGAUGUUUUAGUUUCCACCAUCAAAGAAAAGGAAGCUGCUACUAUUCAAGCUCAGGAGCAAAUCGAAGCUAUGCAAACCAAUAUUGCACAAUAUGAAACCCUCAAAUCUUCUCUUAUGCGUGACUUGCAGGAGCGCUGCGAACGUGUUGUUGAGCUUGAAAUUUCACUUGAUGCAGCUCGCGAGCAAUACAAUCUAGCUAUUCGUAACUCCAACACUAAGCAACAGCAAAAGAAAAUGGCAUUGCUCCAACGCAACCUUGAGCAGCUAACUUCGGUUCAGCGCCAGCUUGUUGAGCAAAAUGUCGGACUCAAACGCGACGUGGCUAUGGCACAAAAGAUCUUAGAGGCUCGUAAUGACCGUAUUCAAGACUUGGAGAAUGCACUGCGUGAGUCGCAGAGUCGCCUUGGUCAAGAAAGCGAACUUUUUGAGUCUCAACUGACAUAUCUCCGUGACCGACUGAUUGAAGUCAAGCGCUCCGGAAGCCCCCCUCUAUCACUCCCUAACCAAGCUGGGGUUGCGAGUGAUCCAUUCUUAUCUACAAGAAUUAUUAAAAGCAGCACUGCAGGACCCAUUCCUACUACACCCUCUUAUGGACCUAACAACCGCGUCAUUCAUUACCCAGAUCUUUCUCCUACUAAGGUGCGUGAUCGUAGCGGCAGUGGCAGCACUAUUGGAGGCACGCGUGUAGUAUCAGGUGGUGCACAUACCAAAAUUGUUAAACCUCUGCGUGGGGGUGGCGGUAAUAGCAACGGUUCCGGAUCUAAUGGCAGCGGGACUGGAAGUUCCCCACAAACUCCUAUCAAGCUCAAGGCAGACUCGAUGGCGAAGAGCGUGACAGGUCUUUGGACUAAGCUUAAUAACUCGAUUGCAACUGGAUCUAGUGGACUUGUAGCGGCAGCAAAGACAUCGUUGGGUAGCCCAAAGAAAACUGGCGGUAGAGGUAUUCUUGGUGGCGACCUGUCAAGUAACGGUGGCAGUAGCAAUGGUAGUAACAGUGGAGACGAAGACGUGGAAGAAGUACACUUGGAUCCUAAAGAAGCUAAGGAACGAGAACUCGAAGGUACAUUACUGUCAGGUAGCACAGCAUAUCAGCCUGAAAUGUCGGAGUAA